UCCAAGUAUUUGGACCUACAUGCAUGACUUUAGGAAACAUCCUCAGGGAUUAAAGUUAAAAUGUCUGGAGACACUAACUACGAAGGCUCAGCAGGGAUUGUCUCUGCUGCAAACUUCAACCUGAGCUGCAUUUUUAACACGACCAACCGCUCCGAGGGAGACUUCCACCUGUCAGACUUCAACAAAGCAGAUUAUGUGGGAAACGGCGCCGCUGUUGUGAGGAUAAUCAUCUCUGUCAUUUACUCGCUGGUUUGCGCGCUGGGUCUGGUUGGGAACUUACUGGUGCUGUACCUGAUGAAGACCAAACAGGUGUGGAAAAAGUCCUCCAUCAACCUUUUCGUAACUAGUUUGGCGGUGACGGACUUCCAGUUCGUCCUUACUCUGCCGUUCUGGGCGGUGGAAAACGCGCUGGACUUCACCUGGCUUUUCGGCAAAGCGAUGUGCAAGAUUGUCUCCUAUGUGACGGCUAUGAACAUGUAUGCCAGCGUGUUUUUCCUGACUGCUAUGAGCGUGGCGAGGUACUGGUCGCUCGCCUCUGCGCUCAAGUGCAGGCGGCGGCGGCGGCCACACUGCUGCUCCGCACGGUGCAUCACCGUUUUCAUCUGGUUUGCCGCUGUCUCCGCCGCUCUGCCGCACGCAGUUUUCUCCACAACGGUGACCGUUUCCAGUGAGGACUUGUGUCUUGUCAAAUUCCCGGAAACUAACAGAACAGCGCAGUUUUGGCUGGGACUGUAUCAUUCUCAGAAAGUGCUGCUGGGUUUUGUGUUGCCGCUGGGCAUCAUCUCAGCCUGCUAUCUGCUCCUUUUGCGCUCCAUCACCUCCAAAAACAUCAACACCUCGAGCGCCAAACGACGCGCCAAGGUCACCAAGUCUGUCACCAUCGUGGUUUUAUCCUUUUUCCUGUGCUGGCUGCCCAACCAGGCGCUGACAGCCUGGGGCAUCCUCAUCAAACUUAACGUGGUUCAUUUCAGUUAUGAGUACUACACCACGCAGGUGUACGUCUUCCCCGUGUCCGUGUGCCUGGCGCACUCCAACAGCUGCCUGAACCCCAUUCUGUACUGUCUGAUGAGGCGGGAGUUCAGGAAAGCGCUAACAAAACUCUUCUGGCGGAUGACUUUUCCGAGAAUAAGGCCGUUCACAGCCACCACAAAGCCAGCGAUGGACGAGCAAAGGCACCAAGUCCACGCCAGCGCACCCGCAGAGCCCGCUGUGGUGUUUUAUCCUCCCGGGGCUGUUGUGUACAAUGACGGGCGAGAUCUGCCGCAAAACAGCACGUAGUGCCACACUGACAGUGUUAAAAAAAAAUGUUGGAUUGUUUUUAAUAUGCAUUUAUUUUAAUUGCUCCAUCAGGAAAGCUGUAAGUUCAAGUCGGAUCUGCAUUAUUAAAAAGGCGAGAAAAGAACA